UGACACAACCGAGGGGAAAAAGUGCUCGGAGGGGGAGGGGUGUCCCGUCGGCAGGCAGGCGCACAGACAGCAGGCAGCAGCUGCAGCGACAGGACCCGGCACUCUUAAUCUGCAUUAAAACAUUCACACUACGAUUUUUUAGCUCCGAGACACACGGGACGGCAACACACUACACGACUUCUAAAAUGGUAGACCGCGAGCAACUGGUGCAGAAAGCCAGGCUGGCCGAGCAGGCAGAGAGGUACGAUGAUAUGGCAGCUGCCAUGAAAUCGGUCACAGAACUGAAUGAGGCGCUAUCCAACGAGGAGAGGAACCUCCUCUCUGUGGCCUAUAAGAACGUGGUUGGGGCCAGGCGCUCAUCCUGGCGCGUCAUCUCCAGCAUUGAGCAGAAGACGACGGCCGAUGGCAACGAGAAGAAGAUCGAGAUGGUGCGGGCCUACCGGGAAAAGAUCGAGAAGGAGCUGGAGGCCGUCUGCCAGGACGUGCUCAACCUCCUCGACAACUUCCUGAUCAAGAACUGCAACGAAACGCAGCACGAGAGCAAGGUGUUCUACUUGAAGAUGAAGGGCGACUACUACCGUUACCUGGCUGAGGUGGCCACGGGGGAGAAGAGAGCCGCCGUGGUGGAGUCCUCCGAGAAGUCCUACAGCGAGGCCCACGAGAUCAGCAAGGAGCACAUGCAGCCCACCCACCCCAUCCGCCUGGGCCUGGCUCUCAACUACUCCGUCUUCUACUACGAGAUCCAGAACGCACCGGAGCAGGCGUGCCACCUGGCCAAGACCGCCUUCGACGACGCCAUCGCCGAGCUGGACACCCUCAACGAGGACUCCUACAAAGACUCCACUCUCAUCAUGCAGCUGCUACGAGACAACUUGACGCUGUGGACGAGCGACCAGCAGGACGACGAGGGAGGAGAGGGCAACAACUAAAGGGUCGAGAUCCUCAUUCUGCCAAAACAACACAACACGCGCGCUCACAAAUGAUGAUAAAAAAAAAUAAUAAUAAUAGUUAAAAUGUUCUUAGAAAUUAAAAAAAAAAAAGGGAGGGUGGGUUGGGGUGGUGGAACGUCGGCGGCCAAUUUAGCCGACGGUACCGACGCAGCUGCUGUUCUUUAUUUUUCCACAAAUUAAAAGUGAAAAAAGUAGGAGGGAAGACGAUUUUAGUUUGAGAAAUAACACAACGAGAAAAAAAAAAAAAAAAUACGAAACCCCUCCUUGAUGGCCUCUGCAGCAUUUGCCAAAAAUACCACUUUAGACGCAAGAGGUAUUUCAUUCAUCACGGUGUGACUAUUGGAUAACAAUCCCUACACACUGGCAGAGACUGGUCUUAUCGCGCAAAUGAAGCUGAGCUGUCUUACUGUAUUUGGCGAGGGAGGAGCAUUCAGAAUUCAGUUUCAAUGCUUGAGCAGCAAGAAAAUUAGAGUAACCUUGAAUGUCAUGGCCUUGCUUAGUGAAAGAGGAAGAAGACCGACAGGUAGGGGGGCGAGUGAGUGAGAGAGCAGACGGGCUACAGAGAUGAAGACGGGCUUUUUAGGGGUGUCGAACUUCACUGCGUAAAUCUUACCGACAUCUUUAGUUGCACCGCGCCCAUGAUCGUGGAGUAAAGAGCAGGUUGUCUCUGUUUUUGAAGAAAAAAAAAACAAGUUUUUGUUUGCUUUGUGUCGGGUAUGUGUCCAGCUCAGUCACACAGUCAUACUGUAACUAAAAAUACAGAUUCAUGAAGUAAACUUAGUGCAGCUUGUCCCUCUCAUGUGCUGAUGUGCUUUAAUAAAUUAACUGUUUUUGGACACCUAAUUCUUAUUGUCAGUAUUGUCGUUACUGUAACAACUUCUAUUGGCUACACAUGUUUGUGGGAAAAUGAUUUGAUCCGGAUAGUGAAAUAAAAAGGAAUGAAAAUUUUAAAAGAUGUGAUCGAAAACCGAGUCCACCCUUAUUCCCCAGUCAAUGCUAUCUUCAUAAUAAUUGGUAGGAUCUCCGAAGUGCCACGUGGAACCACGGACCUAGUUGGUUAAAAAAAAAAACGAGUCUAAUUUGCGGCCAGAGCACAUGCAAUGUUAAAAGUGGAAGCUGUAAAAGCAGAGUUGAGGUUUGUGGAUUUAAUCGUCUUCGGUUCCUUCUUGGUCGAGAAAAUGCACUUGCCUAUUAUACUGUUUCUUCAGUGUAAGAUGCUCCAAUAUUCUCCAUAAUACAAUAUUGUGCAUGCUGGUGAUGUAUUUAUACAGUAGCUUCAAUUUAUUAACUUAUGCUGUAGAUGUUAUGUAUUCAUAUGAACAUGGAAUUACUAGACCUUAAUCGGAUUAUUUUCUAUUUAUUUCUUUUUAUUGCGAUUGUUAGCUAGACCUUAUUUUAAUCUGUGUUUUCUUUACUCCAUUUGCUGAAGUACGCUAUACCAAAACAGUGAUUGUUAACAAUAAAUUCAUCUGUUAUGGA